AUCUUUUGUAAUCUUGAUAAGUUGCUGUCCUCCUCAUUUUGAAUCCCAGUGACUUUUAACCGUUGUGGUUCAUGUUGCAAAAUCUUACACCUUUAAAGAAAAGUGCUAUUUACUUCAGCUUUUGGGGAAAAUUAAAUCUUUACUCAGCCAGCAGUGAUCAGUCAGUGUACCCUUUUAGCAUUUGUGUUUAUUAUGUUGUGGGUGGUGUAUGUGUAUGUAUAUAAGCAUGUUGACGUAUAGUACAAUUUUGUGUGGGAUCCUCACAUAACUGACUGCAACCUAAACCAUCAUUCUUCCCUCAUAUUUUAGUAGUUAGAUUUUGUAAUUCAGGUAAGUGUUGUCAUGUUUUCAGGCGGAGACUUGUGCCAUAGUCGUGGAGCUAGCACAGAUGGAUCAACGAUGGAUGCAUAUACCUACUCUGCUACUGAGAGUAGGAGGGGAACGUACAGUGAAGCUGGAACACUCCCCAUUGGUUCAACAGUUAUUGAGGAAAACAUGCAAGGCUGGGAGGGAAAUUCUGAGAAGAAAUUAUCAGAUAACGAUCUUGGUCGUACAUCUUACCCCAAAAAGUUAGUUUCCAGUUGUAAAUGCUGUCAGGUUUUAAUGCGAAAACAUUAUGACUUGCCUGAAAAUCCUACUCGGACAGAAGCUCUGAAAUACGCUUUCACAUGCCCUCCCCAUGGUAGAGUUGGAGACCUCCUCAUUUGGAUAAUUGCAGGAUUAGCAGCUUGGGGUUGCUUGAUCUCAAUCACAGGUGAUAAAGCACUUCCUGGAGGAAAUUUUUUUAGUUUAAUAGUGCUCUAUAUAAUGGCAAUACUGGGCGGUGAAGCUGUCCAGCUUCUUGGGCUGCCAUCUCUUCUUGGUAGCCUUUUAGUUGGGAUUUUUUUUAGAAGUAUCCCAGGACUCGAUGUCAUUGGAAGCAACAUUGACUUCCAGUGGUCAGCAGCACUGAGGGGUAUUGCUCUAGUAAUUAAUUUUAAUAACGUGCUGGGUGGGUGGGGCCUGGACCCUGUUGCCUUAAGAAAACUUAGUUUUACUGUUGUACGACUCGCAUUUUGUCCAUGUAUAAUGGAAACUGUGUCAACGGCAGUUGCUGCAUGGUUACUCUUAGGACUCCCAUGGAGUUGGGGUUUUAUGCUAGGGUUUAUCUUGGCUGCAGUUUCCCCAGCUGUAGUGGUUCCUUCUUUAUUAAAACUUGGUGAAGAAGGCUACGGUGUAGAUAAAGGAAUUCCCACAUUGGUCAUUGCUGCUGCUAGCAUUGAUGAUGUGUUAGCAAUCUCAGGCUUCAGCGUUAUGCUUGGAUUAACCUUUGCUGAAGGAGCUUUGCCCAUGUUGAAUCCCUCGAAGUCUCGGGCGGAUACAGCAUCAGGCCAGAGUUUCCUCCACGAAGAAUUCAAGGUUCACCUUGAACUCCUGCUGAGCUUGAUCGAUGAGUCAGAUGCAUAUGAUGAUAUCGAAAUGCUCCUUCUAAAAUUCACACAAGGUGAGAAAGCAUCCUCUUCUUUCCGUGAACUUCAGCAAACAUUCUUGGGACCCAUUGCUAACAAUGCAGCAUUAGAAAGUGCUGGGGCUAUAGCUGUCUUAACAGUGGCUUUUGUUGCUGGCCUUGGAUGGAGAAAACCCGAAACAGAGGAUCCAGAGGUUGAAGAUUACUACAAGAGCAUUUGGGCAUACGUUAUGCCUCUUAUGUUCAGUUUAAUUGGAUCAGAAAUUAAUCUAAUGAAGGUGAUGGAAUCAUCAUGUCAAGUUUCUAUCAAUGCACAAGUGACUGUUGCCAGAAUAUCUUGA